AUGUCCACGCCCCUUCCUAAUCCACCAUUCGUCUUUCCUGCCCGCGAUGCCAGUGAAACAGACAACCAAGAGUCCGAAAGGACGAUAAAUGGCCGACCACCUCUCCCGGCAUUCUCGUUCAAUCCAGGGUCCAUGGACUCGAACCAGGCACCAGCCCCAACCCCGUCCAUGAAUCGUAUGAACGGCCACCGUCGGCAGUACAGUGAGUUUGUUGGUGGAGAGCAACUGGUCACUCCUGGAAAUACGUUUACGGGACAAUCAAACGAGGAGAGUCCCGUGGGACCGAUGAAGCUGCCUCCCCCUGGACCUGGUUUCAGUGCAGGCAACCGGCGCCGACACGCCCAUAGACGAUCGGCGGCUAUUUCAAGCGUGGAUCUAACUGCUAUCUCGAAUGCUCUUGACUUGAAGCCUUUCGUUGAGAGUGCCCCAUGUGAGGACAUAACACGGGAGCGUAGGCCUUCCCAUGAACCAUCCCAAUUACUUCCCCAUUCGGCGACAGUCCUGUCUCGGCCCACGCCUCCAGCAUCGCCCAAGAUACAGCUCGAUCCUGUAUGUCCGGAUACCCAGGCCACUACGGACCAACAAUGUUCAAACCCUUCUCCAUCUACCCCAACUUCACCAAUCAUCCCUGACCCAGUUUAUGCCCGAAAGAGCGAUACUGCCAUCUCGUCAUUCAAGGCGGAGUUCCCGGGUAGCGCGCCAAAAUCAAGGCCCAGGCCGCGAACAGCGGAUGCUUCCUUGAUGUUUGAGUUCAGUGAAAAUAGCAUGACGGACAAUUCUCCACCAACCAAGCGACCCAGCUCUGCGGCAGGCCAUUCUCGCUCACACAAAAGCAUGUCUUCUGGUCUCCUUACUGCGGCUUUCCGAAAGAGCCAUGUCGAGGGUGACGGUCUCUUCCCGCCGUCGUCGAGGCUGUCCUCAUCUGAUGACGACUCCGAUAUCAACGCAGAUGUCACUCACGAGGCAUUGGGAUCGCCUUCCUCUACCAGAAAGACGAAGGCCAAGAAAAGACAGAAAAAGGUUCGAUCUUGGGCUGGUUCUCUCCUAAUCAGGAAGACGAAAGGUCACGAUUCAAAGAAGGCCGACACAGAAAGCAAAUCUAGUCAAGCACGCCCUCCAGCACUGACUAGAACAAACUCGGAUUUUGGCUCUGGCUUGGAUGUGGAAUUCGAUGACGAUAACAUUGUUGUUAUUCGAACACCCACCAACCCCACGCAUCCAGAGACCCAGCAGAUCCCUAGCGAUGGUGAAUCAUGGGCAUCCCUGGAGGAGGCGUGGAAGCCACGGAGCUUUUACGAACAGACUACCGUGCCAGACGCCAUGAGUCCUGUAAUCGAUUUGGAUGCGGCACUAGGACCCUUCAAUACGCCUGAGAUGCGCUCCGGUAAUGCUCCAGAGAGCGGCUUUUCUGCAGCAACCAAGCGAAUGUAUAGUGGCGGACGGCGGGGCGAGUUUGUUGGUCCGGAAAUGCGGUACCAUCGAAGGGCUGAAAGUGCUCCAGAAAUGCCUCCGUUCGAUCGCGCGUUCCUGGGAAGUCACCGAUUUCCAACUAGCUCUUCGCUGGACAAUCCUGACGUCUUUUAUGAAGAGGACGAAGACGCUUUCCUAGCGGCGACCAGUGAUACCGGCAAGGAUAGCGAGGAACAUCCGCAAGGUGAAGCUACCAUGACGGAAUCAAAGAAGUCAGAAGAUAGUACGGACAGCUCUGACACGAUGACCGGAAAAGCUGUCGACGAAUUUGCUAGCGCAGGGAAUGCAGGACUUGGAAUCCAGAAACCCCAGGCAGGCGCCGCCAUGUCGGCUCCUGCAACAUCAUCCUUUCAAGAUCUUUUCAAGCCGGAUCAGCGGUUCUACUCCAGUCAGGCCCAAAAGAGCUCAACGCCGUUCUCUAGCCGGCCUAAAACAGCAUUGGAACAUGCAAAAUACGAUGAAUGGCAAAACAGAACGCCGGUCCCCGCCAGCCCCGAAGUUUCACCUCGCUUCUUACCUGCUGACAGUCGGCCUAUGACCUCGCCCACCGAACUUUCCGCAAUGUCCCCGUUGUCUCUUCCGGGCGGCUACUCCCUCCCGAACUCAGCAUUUCCAUCACCGGAUUUCAACAACUCCUCGGACGCCCCUCGUUCGAUAACUACAUCGUCGACUACCGACCCGUUCCCUCAUGCGUCUAUGGAGGACGUGCCUUCACUUACUAGUAGCGCCUCGACCAUGACAAACACCUUGAAUCGCGUUUCUGCGACUUUCUUCACGCGCCCUCGUCUAUCGACGGAUCGCUCAGCAUCCUUUUCUGCUGCUGUCAAUCGUCGCUCCAGCCAACCUAGCUCCAAGAGGUCGAGCCUUGCAAGUCUCUCUAAGCUUGUUGUUGGGCCACACGCCGAACGAAGCAAGCUGAGCCAUGAGGAGAAGCCACCGGGCGAUGAACCAGAAAAGGCCAGGAAGAAGGGCCGGCGGAUCAGUCGAUUAAUGCAUUUCUGGCGGGCGAAAGACAAAGAGAAGCUGAAUGAGCCGACUGUCCAGGAUUAG